UGACAUGAGAUCACGCCUCUUACUAUGCCAGGAAUGACAAGGAAGCGCUGGCUCUCGCUGAACUCUGGCUGAAGCUCCCAGCUUGGAACAUGACCUCACCCAGAGGCGCCCAUUCUAUAUAUAAGGGAGGUGGGCUGGGAGUCUCUCAUCAGGAGUUUGCAGUUAUUCGCUGAGGAAACUCGACUAAACUCAAAAGGAGCUCCACUCCACAAGAACGACUGGCAACAUGGUGAUGCUGCGAGUUGAAGAUCUGGUGACAGGCAAGCAGAGUGAGGUGAAAUCUGGAGGAUGGGAGGCCGAGACACCAGCCAUGCGGGAAGAGUUUGGCAGCGGAGAGUAUUGCUCGGCGAUGGCGAUCGAGAAACAGGACGGCCUGAAAAGCCAAACGGCGCUUUUCCCGUUCAUACCCAGCCACAAGCACCAGAAGGAGAAGCUGCAGCCGGUGCCACGCUGCAAAAAUGUCAAGCCUGUUGCGCAGAGGCUGAAACUUGAAACGAUAGAUGACCUCCGUUUCCUUGUCAGCCUGAAGAAACACAAGCAUCCCAAGGCCGUGGCUGUGGAAGCCCCAACGCAGCAGGAACCCGACGCUAUUAUCGGACCUGUAGAUGUGGAGACUUUUUGGAAAGCGGCGCUGGAGAAUAAUCUCCCUGUGAUUGAGAAAUACCUGGCUGACGGGGGACAACCAGACGUAUGCGACCAGUUUAACAGGACUGCCAUGCACCGGGCUUGCUCCGAGGGGAACGAGGAGAUUGUAUUGAAACUGCUAGAAGCCGGAGCCUCCACUGAAUUUCGAGAUAUGCUCAACGCCACAGCGGUCCACUGGUCCUGUCGUGGUGGUAGCCUGGAAGUGCUGAAAACCUUGUUAAACAAUGAUGCAAAUGUAAACGCCAAAGACAAGCUCUGCAGCACUCCUUUACACGUUGCUGUCCGAACUGGGCAUUAUGAAUGCGCGGAACAUCUUAUCGCAUGUGGUGCUGAUCUGAAUGCCAGAGAUAUAGAAGGAGACACUCCUAUGCAUGAUGCAGUCAGACUGAGUCGUUACCGGUUGAUGAAACUUUUGAUGAUUUAUGGAGCCAAUCCAACUUUUAAAAACUGUAAUGCACAGACACCGAUAGAUCUUGCUCUACAGUGGCAAACUGGUACGAAGGAAAUCCUUAACCAAUUUAUGCAAAAUUCACAGAAGUCAGCAAAGUGAAGCUUGCUUCAGUGCAAAUUACAUCCCAUCGCCAUCCCCCAAGGAUGACAGUGCAUUCUCCUGCUCUGGCAGUUUGUGAGAAUUUCAAUACUCACAAUUUGUUAUUAGAACAUUAGUUUAAACGUGAUGUGGUACUGUGAUAAUUUAUUGCAAUUGUUUCAGUUCACAAUUUGAUGAAAAUGAACUAAGAGACCUGGAAUGUUGAGAUUAUUUUCAAAGAAGAUUGGAAUCUCUGUGGAUCUGUCAGUAAUCAAUUUAUUGAGAAUCUUGAAUGGUGAAGGAAUUAAGGCUGUGGGAUAUUGGAAAGCUGAAAGUUGGAGUCAUCUACCAGCGCAUGAUUGAAGUGUUCGACAUACUAGGAGGGAUAAGGUUUAAAAAAUUGCAAAGGAUUUCACGACUCAACAUCUAAAUCAGCAACGGUGAAAAAUUAAGUUCUAUUACAUCCCUCCAUCAUUUCAAUUAAGAUGGUAACCCAACUUUUAAAAAUAAUUUCUUAUUUACAUAAGAAUUGGAAGAAAUGAAGGUAUGAGUAAGUACUGAAUAUGGAAAAGCAGAAAGUGAGGAUAUGCGAAACUUAUGAACUGAAUAAUAAGGAUGUAAUCAACUAUAUGAUGUAAAAUUUGUAUAUUUCUAUAGUUGUUUGAAAUUUGUAAAUUUUGUACACAUUUUAAGCAUUUAUUGUUAUUUAUGUGAAACUGAAGUAAAGAGGAAUAAGGCUACAUUUAAAAAUAGUAGAUGAUUCCAAUAGUUUAGACAUAUUGUGAAUUAAUAUGGAUUGCACAAUGAUAGAUUGCAGCAGGGAGAAAGUUUAUCAAGGUAAAAUGUCUCAAGUUGGAUAUUGAUCAGAGGAAACAGAAAGACUUGAUAAAUUAUGGUGUCACACUUAUUGACACUGCACAGCAGAAUGCAAUCCACUCUCAGUAAACAUAAGCAAAGCGCUUGCAAAAUUUGUGUGUAGCUUGCGCUUUUAGAUUAUUGUGGGCAGGUUGCUCAAGAUAGCAUGCUUGUGAACUCCAUAGCAUUAUGAUGUUUCAUAAUGUUGAUUUGGAUUUCUUCUGUAAAAAGGGACAAUUUCUGAUGCAACGUAUUAAUAGCGAGUUCUAUUUUAAAAGCUUUUGUACUGUCCUGUUUUGGAUUUUUGAGAUUUUCUUAGAAAACACUGAAGACAAUAUGAUACAAAGAACAAAAAAAGUAUGAAAUAUGGAGUCGAGACUUUUAAAAAUCAUUUCAAAUAUCUAGUAAUUAGCUCUAUUCACAUCACUCUGUCAUUUGUGAAGAUAAAGGAUGCAAAAAUUGUUGGCCAUUGACACAUCAAUGCUACCUAACAGGCAGGUGCAAUUAAGCAAUUCAAAGAGCCCACCAAUUUUUUUGCUGUUGGGUUGAAGUUGCCAAUUCAGUUUGUGGCACAGCAAAGAUUAAAACUGGCUAGCUAAUUAUUCUAACAACUAUGAAAGAGAUUAUUAAUUAAGCUGAAAAGGUUAGAUCUGAGUUCCAAAUUUUAGGGCUCAUGUGGUGCAGUGCUCACAGCUAUUUGGCCCUUCUUGCCUCCUCUGCCAUCCAGUGUGUCCAUGAUUGAUCCUCUAUCUCAAUGCCAUAUUCCCACUUUCUCUCCACACUCCUAAAUGCCCUUAAAAAAAUCUAAACAUUUAUCUAUCCUUUCAAUAUAAUCAGUGACUUGGCCUCUACAGCUUUCUGUAGUAGAAAGUUCCACAUAUUUACUACCCUUAAGAGAAGAAAUAGUUGCUCUUAGUUCGAAAUGGUCUACCCUGACAUGGUGUCCCCAAGUUCUCCAUGAGGAAAAACCUUCUCCCUGAAUCUGGUCCAUCCAGCCUUGUUAGAAUUUUAUACGUUUCAAGCAGAUCACCUCUCAUCCUUCUAAACGCUAAUGAAUACAAGUCCAGUUGAGCAAAUCUCUCCUCACUGGUAAUGCCGAGUGAACCUGUGCUGCACUUUCUGUAUAGCAAGCAGAUUCUUAGGUAGGAAGACAAAAACUGCACAUAAUAUUCCAGUUGCCUCUUCAAGGCCCUGUAUAAGUGCAGUAAGACAUCACCACUUCUGAAUUCAGAUCUCUGUGCAAUGCUGGCCAAUACACCAUAUUCUUCCUAAAUGCUUGCUGCACUUGUUUUCUUACAUUGACUAGACUGGAAUGAGUAAUUGUUACAAUUCACACACAUGUUCUUUAAAUAUGAAUGGGGUUAAUGGUGAUUAGGCAAAGUUCCUAAUCCAUUCUUGCCAAUUUGCACCUUAUACCAUCCUUCAUUUAGAUUCAGGGCCAGAUUUGACUACUUCAUUGAUAGUAGGAACUGCAGAUGCUGGAGAAUCUGCGAUAACAAGGUGUAGACCUGGAUGAACGCAGCAGGCCAAGCAGCAUCAGAGGAGCAG